AUGUCCGCCUCCGCCGCCGCCGUCGACUGGACCUCACAGCGCCAUUCAAGUGCAGCGCAGCCCCUCGUCUCCACACCCGCCUCGGCUCCCAGGCCCAUCAUCUCUCCCGCGCAGCUGCGCCUCAUCCACGCCGCAAACGGCCGCGUCGAGCUGCGCGAGUGCGACCUGCGCGUCGCUGACUUCCUCGGCGCGACGUGCGCCAGCCAGGAGACACACGUCCUCUCCCCGCAGAUGGCGUGCCUGCCGAUAAUACACCCGUGGCUCUGCGCCAUGGGAGAGCUGGCCGAGGACGCUCGAGGCACGCUCGAGCAGCCGCGCUUGGAUGCGCUGCGCAACGUGGUGUGCCUCGACCUACAGCUCCAUGCGGUCAUAAAGGAACUGCAAGCCGCACGCUUCUUGCUGCUCCCAAAGCUGGCGCAUGACAUCUACGCGUACGAGGCGCACCUGGAGCAGCUCGCCAGCAGCACGUCGUCAACGUGGUCUCUCUCCUCUCGCGACGUCCUCGACAUCUUUCUCGACGACGACGACGCGACAACUAGUCUCUCCACGUCCCACUUGCGCUCGUUUCAACCCAUCGUCCUGCCCAAGCCGGGCGUCACCAGCGGCAGGCAUCUCUACGUCGGCGUGCGCCGAGUCGUGGCCAACUUGACGCGCACCUGCCACGAAGCUGGCGAUGCAGUCUACAACUGCGACUCGGGCACGGCCGAGUAUCCGGCACGCUACGAGCUGCAGCCGCGGUGGUCGCCGCUGCCGUCGCCGGCGGAGGAGAAGGAGGAGGCGGCGACGACGGCGGCGGCGGCGGCGGCGGCGGCGGCGGCGGCGGCGGCGGCGGUGGCUGCGGAGCCGUCUGCGUUGCCCUGCCUGCAGCUGCCGCUCUCGCCCGUGCUUUCUGCGCUCUGGGCCAACGUGCAGCUGCGGCGGCGCCUCGACACCUUCGAGCAGUGGUGCGCGUCGCUGCAGGCCUGGUUCGAAGAGAGCGAGUACUUCCUGCAGCUCGUGGAGACCAUCGAUCUCACCAGCUGGCGAGCACUGCCGCGCCCGAAGAGCUUGGGCAAGGCGCGCCCGCAAGCAGGACUGGGGCCGAGGAACGAGACGAAACGCACCUAUGCGCCCAUCGGCCCUCUACCGCCCACGGCUACGGCCACAGCAGAGGCAACGGCGGCGGCGGCGGCGGCGGCGGCGGCGUCUGGCUCGCAGCACGUCGCGGACGAGUUGCACCACUUGCGACUGGCCAAGCUCGAGUUGUCGAACAACAACGACGACGACUGCGUCGGCAGCCACGGGGCGACUCUCGCCUCGCAGUCGAGCACGAGUCCGCCAAGCGAGGCGCAGCUGGUGUACCCGUGCGGCUUCAAUGACGCCGAGCGGGCCUCGUGGGCCUCACUGGCAGCCGCCCUGCCGCACUGCGACUGGACGACGAGGCGGCAGCUGCCGGUGGAAGGCUUCGUGGCGCUGCUGCUCGCGCACAAGGAGCGUGCGGAGGAGGAGGCAGCAGAGAGGCACGCGAUUGCGUUCCAGAGGUAUCUGGAGGCGCUGUUCGACGGGAGCUGGUACGAGGAACAGGAGAAAGCUGCUGCUGCUGCGGCGGCGGCGGCGGACUAG